AUGGCGGGUGGUUUCAUAAAGAAGGGGUCUUUCGAGAAGAAUUAUCCCGAAAAACUCACUUUCAGAGUCUUCAUAACUUGUGUCACCGCUGCAUUUGGAGGUCUUAUCUUUGGAUAUGACUUAGGCAUUUCAGGUGGAGUCACCUCCAUGGAUCCUUUUUUGAAGAAAUUCUUCCCUGAUGUGUACGCAAAGGAGCACAACAUUAAGCCCACUGAUAACCAAUAUUGUAAAUUUGAUAGCCAAGUGCUCACACUCUUCACUUCCUCUCUUUAUUUGGCUGUUCUUGUGGCCUCAAUCUUUGCAUCUAAGGUAACUCGAGCCUUCGGUAGGCGCCUCACUAUGAUCUCCGGCGGUGUUCUCUUUCUCGCCGGUGCAGUUUUGAACGGCUUCACCCAGCAAGUUUAGAUGCUUAUUUUUGGC